AUGCAGCAGCACGGCAAAACUCCAGCAGUGAAUAUCGCCCAUGUAAACUUAGAUAAGUGGAAAGGUGGUGGGGAAUUCCCACAAUCCUUUCCAAUUUCCUCUUUUGAGGGGUCUGAAUCGCUUAUAAAUACCCUCUGAUCUGAGAGCACACAGGACAAGUUCCAUCUCCUCUGGCUUUGCCUUUCUGCAGUGCUCCGUGGCAGGCUUGUGCUGGGAACCAUGAGGCUCUGUGUCUGCCUCGUGUUGCUCUCCUUUGUCCUGUGUGCGAGUGCUCAGUUGUCAUCGAUAACCGAAGGCGGUCGGUUUGUCUGGGAUGCAGUGGGAGGGGCAUGGGAUAUGUUCAGAGCCUACCAGGACAUGCGUGAGGCAAAUUAUAGAGACUCCGACAAAUAUUUCCAUGCUCGUGGGAAUUACGAUGCCGCCCAAAGAGGACCAGGUGGUGCUUGGGCAGCCAAAGUGAUCAGCGAUGCCCGGGAAAAAUGGCAGAGCGACGUGAGCGGCAGAGGGGCGGAGGACACCCGGGCUGACCAGGAGGCGAACGCCUGGGGCAGAAGCGGCGGCGACCCCAACC